GCAAGGCCGAAACUCUAAUUUCCCACAAAAUGCGGCAGUGCUCGUGGGAACGGUGUGCGAAACAGCGGGUCUUGCACUCACAAGAAGCUGUAUCCAGUAGUCCCGUCUCUGGUUAUUUGCAAGAAGAUUUAGCUACUUCACGCAUGCAACUGGCCAGCAAUAUGUUUUUAAACCCUUGUGCAAUUCCAGCAUUUCACUCCAAACUGAGUACUACAUUUAUUCCAGCUUUAUAAAUACUCUUGACAGUAUAGCCUCGUUGUCAAAUUGCCCGGCUAUCAUACAAAUACACCAACUAAAAUGUUCAUCAUUUUCAACCUACUUACUGGCAUUUUCAGGUCUAGCGCACUUGUUCAGGUGUUUGUAGCCAUCAAGCCAAUUGGGUAUGCAAAUAUUGCUUUUGGAGCAGCUGCUGUCUAUAUCCUGUCGCAAGUAAUCUACGCGUUGUUCUUUUCUCCGCUACGAAAUAUCCCCGGACCGUUCCUGGCCCGGCUAACUGACUUGCGCUCCAAGGUCUUCACAUUUAUUGGCAAAGCCGCCCAUGAUGCAGAGGGUGGGUACGAAAAGUACGGCAAUAUCUACGUAAACGGACCUAAUUCUGUAAGCGUGUCCAGCCCAGGCGAUUGCCGUACCAUCCUGAGCUCACACUCCUUCCCAAAGUCCGAAUUCUACAAGAGCAUCGAAUUCCUCGGGGUUCCAAACAUAUCCUCCACGCGCGACCCGCUGUUUAACCAGAUGCGCCGGCGGCAAAUCGGGCCAUCGUUCACCCCUGGAUACUUGUCCAAGAUGGAGAGCAAAAUUGUCCAGCACGGGAUCUUAUCUCUCAAGACCAGAUGGGACGCUGAGAUUACUAAAGCCGAGCAGCAGCAAACCGACGCUAUAAUCAACAUCUGCAACGAUCCACUAUAUGCGACAUUUGAUAUUGUUGGCGCACUUGCAUUUGGCCGCGAGUUUAAUACGCUGAAAAACUACGAUCCAACUAUCUCGCAGUGGAUUGCAGACACAGCAAAAUUCUCUGGACUUGCGAUGGACAUACCAGGUCUCUUCCAUUUCCCAUUCAGCCUUCUUGUCCGUAGGCUGAGGUUCCAGUUCGUUCAGUUAAUUCGGUUUAGCCGGGACUCUAUCCAGCAUCGCGUGGACCUACUCGCCCAGGGCGCCGAGAAGCCCAAUGACUUGCUGACGGCCUUUCUGGAUGCUGUUGAUCCUGUAUCCAAAGCACGUAUGAGCCGUAAGGAGGUUCUGGCCGAAAUGGUCGUUACCCUUUUUGCUGGUUCUGAUUCAUCGGCUCAUACGCUCAUGUGGGCCAUUCAUCUCCUCAUGCUGUACCCUGAGUGCUACAAGCGCGCUGUUGACGAGGUGCGCUCUGCAUUCGCCAAGGACCAUUUAAUCAGAUAUAAUGAAGGUCGCCAGAGUCUGCCGUACUUGGAGGCCGUGCUCUACGAAAGCAUGCGUGUCCGACCCGUAGUCAGUGCGCAGGUACCGCGGGUUGUGCCCAAGGGCGGCAUUACCCUGCAGGGGCAUUUCAUUCCAGAAGGCAGUAUCGUCAGUGCGAAUUUCGCAGGCGUCAACCACCACAAGGGCACCUGGAAAGACCCCCACCGUUUCAUGCCCGAGCGCUUUCUGGACAACGACGAAGCCAAGCGGAAUGUUUUUGCUUUCGGCACCGGCGUGCGUAUCUGUCCUGGCCGUCAUCUAGCUUGGAUAGAGUUGGUCACUAUCCUUGCCAACGCGCUCAAAGAUUACGACUUUAAGCUGCCCGACGAUGCUGCGUUUGGCCCGGAUAUUUGCGACAAGCACGGCGUGCCCAAGCUCAUGGACAUGAAGUAUUUCUUUUUUGCCAAGCCUCUGAAUCCAAACCACGAUCCGCGUGUUGUUAUUUCAAAAGCCAAAUAGGCUAUCGAUAUCAAUUGCAUGCCAUUUUCACAUAUAGCUUGCUGCCGCUGGGCCACACCGGCGAUAACGGCGUUGAACACGAUUCUGUGAGUAGCUGUGGCAGAGCGACAUAUAGCCAUCGGUGAUCUGAUCUAUGCUAAUGCCGGGUAGUUGCACGUGACAGAGUAGUCACACCUGGGCCGCUUGUGCUGACUCCGUCAUUUGUAGGGCUUAGCGCCAGGAUUUGUGCCUUUUCCCCUCACUUUUGCAAGCACAGUUUUCCAUUUUCAACGCUAAUUCCAGCAGCAAGAUGCCUGCAUCCUUGUUAUUGCCAGACG